AUGGGAAUAAAGAAAAAUAGAGAAACUCAAAUUAUAACAAUUAGAGACAUACCAAUAUCAUACCAAGACAUAACGACAGAUAUGCAAAAAGCGAACCUAUCACACCAGUUUUACGACAGGAACCCGGAUCGCACCUUGAACCUUACGAUUAAAAAGGAGAGAUCUCAUGCUAGUUACCUUGCUCGAAAAACUAGUGACCCAGGCAAAAGCGAAAAAAACCUGCUGUUAGCACCCAACGUGGGUAGUAAAAAUUUAUCCCUGAAUAAUGUGUUGAAUAAAACAACACUUAUCCUUGAAAACAAAACAAAUCGAACCCCUAACAACCAAUUACAUGUCGACAAUAUGAUAUUGGAAAAAACUGUUAAACCUAAUAUCCCAAAGAAGAAGAAAACAAAACCGCCCUUAGAAAGAAAACCUAAGCAAGAAUUUUCAAAAGAAAAUAUAAAACAAAAUGAGUCAACUGAGAAAUGGGUAGAUAAACAAUAUGACCCAAAGAAAUGUAAAAGAUUUAUAAUAUAUCUUUUACCAGAAUCAUUCCCUAAACAAGUUAAAAAGCUUAAAGAACUUGUUAAAGAAAAUAAAAAUAGAGUCAAAUUAAUUGAAGUAACAACCGACGAUCGAUGGGAUGAAAUA